CUUCCCACCACCACCAAGCAGUCGCGGGCUCAUCCAGAACUUCCAUCUCUUCUCUCUCCCUUUCUCUCUCUUCUUUCUCUCUCUACUCCGGCCGGCCAUGGAGUACAGGAGCUUGGAUCUGACCGUCAUCUCGGCCAGGGACCUCAAGGACGUGAACCUCAUCUCCAAGAUGGACGUCUACGUGGCCGUCUCCCUCGACGGCGACCCCCGGGGCCCCCAGAAGUCCAGGUCCCCCGUCGACCGCGACGGCGGCCGCAACCCCGCCUGGAACUUCCCCGUCAAGCUCCACGUCGACGAGGCCUCCGCCCAGCAGGGCCGCCUCACCCUCCGCUUCAAGCUCCGCUGCGACCGCGCCCUCGGCGACAAGGACAUCGGCGAGGUCGUCGUCCCCGUCAAGGAGCUCCUCGACUCCUCCGACGGCGGCGGCGGCGGCAAGGCGUCCUCGCACCCGCCGACGGUGACCUACCAGGUGCGCAAGCCGUCCGGGAAGCCCAAGGGGGAGCUCCACUUCUCCUACAAGUUCAGCGACAAGCUGGCCGCUGACGUGGCGGCCGCCGAUCAUCAUCAUCCGUCCGCCCCCAAGGCUGACGUGGCGGCGGUCACGGCUUAUCCCGUCCAGGCCGGGCCGAGCGGGUCCUACGGCGCAGCUUACCCGCUUCCCCCGCACGGCGUGUACCAGCCCCCGCCUCCCGCAUAUGCAUACCCGCCUCCUCCUCCGCUGGCGGUGGCUGCGUAUCCGCCGCCGCCGCCGCAGUACGGUGGUUACGGGUAUCCUCCGCCGCCCCCGGCGGGUUACGGGUACGCGCAGCCUCCGCCGCCGGCGGGCUACGGUUAUUACCCGAACCAGCAGGCGCAACAGGCUCCGAAGAAGAACAAGCUCGGGCUGGGACUAGGGGCCGGAUUGGCGGGAGGGCUGCUCGGCGGGCUGCUGAUCGGAGACAUGGUGUCCGACGCGGGGAGCUACGAUGCCGGAUUUGACGAUUGCGGCGGAUUUUGAAUCUUGCCAAACUUU